AUGCGGUGGUUUUUGGGUUAUGCGAAGCGCAACUCACCUCUUUCAAUCAAGCAAAUUCCUGUCUUUCAAGCACCAAAACGCUCCUUCACAAUGGCUUCUCCCUCAGACCGUCGUCCCAUCGUUAUCUCGGGCCCUAGCGGUGUCGGAAAGGGCACCCUGAUCAACAUGCUCUUCACCCGUCACCCCGAGCAAUUCACUCUCUCCGUGUCGCAUACCACCCGCGCCCCUCGCAAUGGUGAGAGCGAUGGUGUUCACUACCACUUCGUCACCAAGGAUGCUUUCCGCGACUUGAUCGCCAAGGACGGCUUCGUCGAGCACGCCCAGUUCGGAAGCAACCUCUACGGAACGAGCAAGGCGACCAUCGAGGAGCAAACAGCCAAGGGCAAGGUCGUCGUUCUGGACAUCGAGAUGGAGGGCGUCAAGCAAGUCAAGGCCUCCACCAUCGACGCCCGCUACGUCUUCGUUUCUCCCCCUGACACCGAGGAGCUCGAGAAGAGACUCCGAGGCCGUGGUACCGAGACUGAGGAGAGCAUCCAGCAGCGUCUCACCCGUGCGCAGGAUGAGCUUGCCUGGGCGCGAUCGGCUGAGUUUGACAGAAUCCUUGUCAACGACGACUUGGAGAAGACAUACCAGGAGUUGGAUGCUUUUGUUUACACUGAGAAGAGCAACUAA